AUGUCACGAGAUUCUGAUGACCGAGAACCACUGAUCAACAACAACCCCCAACUGCAGACCUAUUAUCGCUCCCUUGAGUCCAGAAUUGGCUACCGGCUGCUUUUGGGUGGCACACGGCAUUUCGGUUUUUACGAAAAUGACACCUGGUGGCCAUUCCCUCUUAGCAAGGCUCUCCGCACGAUGGAAGACAAGUUAGCGGCAUCCCUGGAUCUUCCGCCGGGCUCUUACGUUCUCGAUGCGGGGUGUGGUGUAGGCCACGUUGCGAUCCAUCUAGCAACGAAUCAUGGAUACAAGAUCCAGGGAAUUGAUGUCGUCGAGCAUCACCUACAUAAAGCGAAGCGGAAUAUCGCUCGAGCAGGUCUCACCGAAAGUCAAGUUGCGGUGCGCAAAAUGGAUUACCACCACUUGGAAGCCUUAGGGUUUCAAACAUUCGACGGCAUCUACACUAUGGAGACAUUUGUCCAUGCCACAGACCCUGAAGCGGUUCUAGCUGGAUUUUUUGAUGCGUUACGUCCUGGGGGUCAUCUGUCAUUGUUUGAAUAUGACCAUGAGCUUAGCGAUGGUUCCGCAGGAGCAAUGGCUCAUUCCAUGCGCAAAAUUAACGAAAUCGCGGCUAUGCCGACAAAUACUAUAUCACAUCCGGGUGUUUACCAGCGGAUGCUUGAAGAUGCAGGAUUCACAGACGUGGUCGUCCGGGACUACUCGGACAAUAUAAAGCCAAUGACGCGGUUGUUCUACCUGAUCGCCUACGUCCCCUACCUCAUCGUCACUUUUCUUGGCUUGGAGCAUUAUUUUAUCAACACUGUCGCAGGAGUUCAAAGUUAUCGGGGCCGCAGGCAUUGGCGCUACCUGGCUAUUUCAGCUACGAAACCCGGAGCACCGGUGGAGGCAGCAAAAGAUCGCUGA